AUGGCGUCCACCAGCCUGCAGAUCCUGGGGCUGGUGCUGGCCCUGCUGGGCUGGGCGGGCGGGGCCAUGGUGUGCGCCGCCCCGCUGUGGCGGGUCACGGCCUUCAUCGGGAACAGCCUGGUGCGGGCGCAGGUGGCCUGGGAGGGCCUGUGGAUGAGCUGCGUGGUGCAGAGCACCGGGGAGAUCCAGUGCAAGGCGUACGACAGCGUGCUGGCCCUGCCGGGCGACCUGCAGGCGGCCCGCGUGCUCUGCCUGCUGGCCCUCAUGCUGUGCGCCCUGGCCCUGGCGCUGGGCGUGCUGGGGGCCAAGUGCACCCGCUGCCUGGGCCGGCCCUCCCUCAAGGCCCGCGUGGGGCAGGUCUCCGGGGCCCUCUUCGUCCUGGCGGGGUUCCUCUACCUCAUCCCCAUCUGCUGGACGGCCCACGCCAUCAUCCGCGACUUCUACGACCCCGCCGUGGCCGACCCGCACAAGCGCGAGCUGGGCCCCGCCCUCUUCCUGGGCUGGGGCAUGUCGGCGCUGCUGCUGAUUGGCGGGGCGCUGCUGGUGCUGGGCUCCGCCCCUCCCGGGGGCGGCCCCGCCCUCGCGUUCGGCAGCGGCCGGGCGAAGAGCAGCCCAGUCAAACCAGCCGAGGGAGAGGAGCCGGGCAAGGGCUACGUCUGA